AUGGAAGGAGAGGACUGGCGCGAGUCAAGCGAGGCGCGCCCCUCGUCCUCUGAGGACUUUUACGCCCAGGACAUACCAAUGCACCACCAGCCGCCGCCGGAGUGGAAUGGGGUCGCCGAAGCCAGCGACGUUGACGACGACUCCUCCGAAAUGGAUCUCUCCUCGCCCAGCCGUCCUGCCACACCGGAGCCACAGCCACAGCCAAUGCCAGAUGCCGUCGCCGCCAACACUCUUGCUGGGACCAAGCGCAAGCUGAGUGACAGUGACAAUGCUGACAGUCCCGCCAGUCUCCUCGCUGCUGAGCGAUUCAAGAAGCGCAAGGUGUACAUGGCCCGCGCCCAGCACCAGCCUGUCGCUCCACCUACUGCCGGAAUGCCCGUUGAGAUCUGGCAGCGCGUUUUCUCGCAGUACCUGUCUCCCAUCAUGCUUGCUCGUUGUUUACGCGUUUGCAAGAGUUUUUCCCAGUACCUUACUGCUGUACCAGCCCAACCUCCAGUGGCCAAGAAGAACCAAGGCAAGGUGCAACCCGUGGAGAGCGAGAGCAUUUGGACCCAGUCCAGGAAGAACUAUUUCACCACCCUCCCAAGGCCGCUGAACGGCUUGUCUGAACUCCAGAUGCUCCAGUUGCUAGGUGGACGCCGCUGCCAGUUUUGCGAUAAACAGUCGGUACAGACACCAGCAACAUCCGUCUACACCGCAGGUCCAGGUCCUGAUGGUGUUCGGGUGAUAUGGCCUUUCCGGGUUCGCUCGUGUGGACAGUGUCUGGAGGACCGAAUGCUGAAGGCAAGUCCCUUACUAUUUUCUUCGUACACUGCUGGACUGACUAGUGGACAGGAUAUUCAAGUCCUCCCAAAUCCUGAUUACGCGCCUCUACGCAACGGUGUUACCCACGGCUUUCGAUCUCAAGACCACCAUUUCGCCACCGAGUCCCUACGCCUAUUGGCAAACAUUCCUGCCAACCUCCGCUUUUCCAAAAUGUACUACAAACCUGAGCUAGACGCGAUCAAAGAUGAGGCAGAACUGGCAAAAACUUUAGGUGAAGGCGCGGCGGAUGAAUGGCGCAAAGGCCUGGUCGCCAAGGGCAAAGAGGCCAUGGCAGACUGCGCCCGCUGGGAGAAGUGGGAGUUGAACAUGCGCGCAGGCACGGAUCUGGCCCAAGUGCUCAGGGAGUAUGAUCUCUCUUCUUUUCCGCGCCUUGUUCAGGAUGCUCAAAGUAGGUCUGCUGGAGUCAACGGGACUCAGCCGCCUGUGGCGGCCAACGGUACGACUCAUCCCUUGCCCCAACCCGUUCAUGUCCACGGCAACACCGCUGGGUUGCCACAGGCUCCAUUGCAACACUAUCCUCAGCCUCACUUCACCCAACACUCCAUGCCUUUUGCACAACCCUUCCCGCACUUCCAGCACCAGCCUCAGCAGCACCAUCCACGAGCCGGACGGAGCUUACAAGAGGCCGAACAAGCCCGGCAGUCCAGGAAGGCAGACAUCGAGCGGCGAUGCAGGGAACUCGAACCGCCAUUGGAACCAAACGUGUUGCAACACAUCGAUUCUUUCCAGGCUGCCAUGCAAAUUGCCCUGCCAAUGACGGACGAUGCCUGGGAAAUACUCAAGCCUAAGCUCCUGGAGAAGAGAGAGGCCGCCGAAUGGGUUGAGCACGAGCGAGCAUCCCAGCUUGCUGUCCUCCAGGCCGCGAUGCCCUUGAAUUCAGCAGAUGAAAUAAUUCCCAAGCCGGCCAAGGAGACGUAUGACCGUGAGUAUGAACAAGCUCAAGAGCCUUUGCGCAAGACCUUGGGUGAGUAUGCGGAUGACUUCAUCAAUGGCCGAUGGAAUGCUGGAAAGCUCGUGGAGAACAGCAAUGCUCCCGUCUUUGCGAUUCAUGUCUUGUUGCAUGUUAACCAGCGGUAUACCGAGGACAAGCAACUGGGCCUCCUUCCAAGAUUCGAGCCCCCAAAGAGGAAGGACAAUGGCAAGCAGGGCACACCGCCUUUGGAACCGUUCUUAUCCCUCGACAACAUGAAGUGGGUAUAUGACAACAAGGUGAGGCCUUUGACCGACGUCCACAAGCGUGAGCUUUUCCUUUGCCCUGGCUGUACCAAGGAGAGAAAUCCCAAGUGGUUCGCGUUUGAAGGCCUCAUCCAACAUUACGGUGCCAAGCAUACCACGGCGUUCAGCAAGGGCAACAUUGUUGUUCAUUGGCAGACUGCCCAAUGGCCUGAAGACCCUCCGUUCCAUACCAAUCCUGGACAAUGGCUCGCGGUGGACCGUCGUCCUUCAGACUACAAAUCCCAUGGCAGAGCUCGUCACACCCCUCAGGCCAACCAUGAAGGUCCAUUUGCGGCUCCGAAUCCAGCGCCACAGCCUGCCGACAAUCAGUACCACGCAGCCCACAACGGAUAUUCAGCCUCCAGCCACAGUAGACCUUUUGCUUCGCCCGCCUCGCAUGCCGGACAGAACGGAUACUUCUAUUCACAACCAGCGCAGAUCCAAGCGCAGCCUGUGGCGGACAUCAGCCAUGAUGCCCAGAUCACCAAGCUUUCCAAUGAUGCCCGCGAAAUUUGGGAUGCCCUUGACGGUGUAAAGAACAUCUUAGAAUGCAUACGAGUCCAGACUGUCAUUCAUCAUGCAGCCGUGCGAUAUGUGGAGUAUUUCCAACAGCAGCCACCAAACCUAGAUCUCCUGACGGAUGCCCUGGCCACAAAUACGGUGAUGCGACCCUUGAAGAAUGCCCAUGGAUUGGCCUGCAAGUCCUGCGUUGCCGCACAGCCGAAUGGAACUGGCAAUCACUCUUCGUAUUGGACUCGUGUCCAAGGUGCGAGAAAGUACAAUACUUCAUCUCUGAUCACCCACUUCAAACUCAUGCAUCAGGCUCAGUAUCAAGCUCGUUAUGCGGAUUGGACAAAGGACAUGAUCGAACUGCCAGAAGGCCAUGUUGUGAGCGAGCUCCUCCGCACGCCAGGCAUGGAUGACAGCAAGUUGGCUCUGAUCGCGGUGGCUUUUCCAAAGGCUUUCCCGAACCCACUGCCCAAGAUUGGAUUGGUGACCGAAGAUGCUACGGAAGCUACAAACGAUGACAACCCUGCUAGGAGUCUGAUCGAGCGACUUGCCAGGAAGUCGCAGGCUUCGCAGAAGAAGAAGAAAGGGGGACAGCCAUCCAAUGGUGCCGCGGGGCGCAGCGUUUCGCAAGAACCAUUACCGGAGCCACGAGAAGAUGAGUAUGACCCGCGCCGGCCUAUGUUUGUGCAGCCAAAGAGUCAAGCACCAGACCCCUCUCAAUUCGACACGGACGCUGGCAAGGCGCGGGUCCCAUCAGUGCCACCACCAGCUGGGAUCAACUUCACGCCCGAGACACUCGCUGCACUACAGGGCAUUCAACAGCGCCAAGCAGAGCCGGCGCUGGGUAGGCAAAGCCGAAGUCCGUCAGUCGGACGGCCUUCUGAUGUUGCUACAUCUGCACCAGGUGGACAACCGGACAUUUCCGCCAUUCUGGCCGCCCUCACUGGCCAAACUCCGGCGCAGGCAGGGAAUGCGCAGACGUCGAGCACCAACAGGCCUGCCAGUUCAUCAUAUCAACCUUAUGUUGAGCCACCUUCGCGGCCAGGUUACGAGAUCACCGGCACUCAUCAGAGUGAGAGUCGACGGUCCAGUGGCCGUCACGAGAAUGCGCAUCAAGCAUCGAAUGACCCAUUGGCCGCUCUUCAGGCAGCACUUUCGCAAAACAGCCGACAGUUCGACCAGAAUCAGCGCAAUACCUAUGUCGAGGCACGCCCUGAACCAACGCCAAGGUAUCAGUACGGGUACGAUGGCGAUCGACAGUUCGCCCAGCAACCUGCACAUGCGCCAACGUACAGAGAGCCUCCUGUGCAGUAUGUACAGAUGCCUGAGCGUGAGUACGCCUCGUACUCGCAUCAGUAUGAGCGCUCCGCGGCCCCCAACCCCAUUUACGUGGAUCAGUAUGGCCGGCCAUUGGAGCUCAUUCCCAUCGACUCUGCGCCAGCACCGGUGCAGUACGCGCCAAACCCGUACGAGCAACAGCAGUACGUACGGCGUCACGAACCUACUGUGUACACAACUCUCCCUCCAGGUGCACACCCACAACCCAUCUACGACGACCGCCGUGAUGACCGUCGUCCUGUGUAUUAUGAGCCAGUCUCUCAUGCUGGCAAUGGCGUUCGGUAUGCAUACGACGACGCCCGUGCUUCGGUGCCGCGUUCUUAG